AUGGAUGACCCAGCAUCCCGUAUCCCGGCAACUUUGAUUCCGCACAUGCAUCUUGUCUCGCGGAAUCGCUAUCCCAACAUGCAUAUGAUGCCGACCGAGACGGCCGUGGAAUACCUGCUGAGCGCGCCCCGGGUCUGCCAGACACAACCUAUGCAUUGGACUUUCUUGGAUGGUCCGCAGGAUGGCACAGUGAUGAUGACAUGGCAACCGCUUGCGCACCUGGGCAACAACUUCGCGAGCGACGGUUACGUCUGGGCUGAUGCGGAGCAGGCUUUCACCUUUGAAGCCCGAGGAUAUACCGUUGAGAUGUUCCUCCACCGCAGCGGCUAUCACCCUCCCAACGAGAACCCCGAUCCGUCAUUGUGGAUUGUUCACUAUUCUCGUGCACCUCAGCAAGAUCACAUCCCCGCGACUCGCAUCCCUGUUACGCCGCAAGUACAGAACAUGAUGGGCCAGCGACGCUUCUUGCAGAGCCAGGGUCAACUCGCUCGCAAGGAAUUUCUCCUUCACGACCGCAACAAUUGGCCUACAAUCAGCUUCCCACCCCAGAUGCCUCCUCAGGGCUUCGCUCAACCGCAGGCCGCCGCCUAUGCGAAUGCGCAGCCAGGGAGACCUGGGUUUUACCCAGCCCAAGGUCACCCAGGCGCAGUGCCUCCUGCACCGACCCAGGGUAAGGCACAGCGCGCACACCGUGCUCAGUCAACAGCGAUGGCAGCGGCAGCUGCUGACUUUGCCCUCGAGGAUGAGGAUGUCUCCAGCGGUGACGUGAUGGACCUCUUGACCCCUCGUGAGGUUAGCAAGAUGCGGUAUGUGCAGCAUCAUGAAUGGAUGGAGGAGAUCUUUGCAUCUCAUUAUGCCAUUUCACAACUUACACCGGUCUCUCUCGGUCUCGGCCGCAAGGGAGAGUUGGAGUCAUUGACAGCGGGAUUCUUUGAUGCACCAGCAGGCGGUGAAGGCCAAGAGAACCAGGCCCCUGAUGCUACUAAGCUUGAACCUGCCAAGGCAGAGGAGUUUGCCGAUCGCGUCGCGAAGAAGGUUGCUGACAUGACGGCUGAGAUCGAGAAGCUCAAGAAGCAACACGCCCGACGGAUGGAGCGCUUCAACCGCAGCUCGCUGUUCAAGGAUGCCGAGUCGCGUCUUCGUGACGCCGCCGCCGAUCCUGCAGCGACCGGAACUGAAGUCUGGCGACUGGAGGGCCGGAUCACCGUUCCUAACGAGGAAGGUGAAACCCCACAGUUGGACUACUUGGAAGAGAAGGCCAAGUAUAAGGUGGACGAUGUGGUUCGUGACGUUGAAACUGCCUGGAAGAAACAGAUCGUUCCCGAGCCCAAGGUUUCAUGUGUCGAGAAGGGCGGUCUUCUUGAAAAGAUUGAACCUGAGCAGAAGGAAGAUCCCGAGUCAUUUACCAAUGAUAUGGUGAUUGACCAGGCUGAUUCUCAUCUUCUGAACCAGUUCGGUGGCUCCGCUGUGGGCGGUAACGAAGGAGUCCCUGCACAACCCGGUGCCGAGAUCUCCGGGGAUGUAGACAUGGACAUGGGCAACCAGCUUGGAGGGGCCGGUACCGCCGGUGAAACGGGCGACUGGGUGAUGGUCAAUGAUGAGAACAAAGAUGGCAAUGCGGCAGCUGGUGCUGGCGAAAGCAAUCUUGAAAGCGCCAACUUUGACGAUUUCACCAAUAUUGACAGUGCCGGCGAUGCUCUAGCGGCAUACACCGAGCAAAACGAUGGGCUGGACUUGCCCGACCUGGACAACUCUGCGUUCGGCGAUGCCUUCCAUGCUUCGGACAACGAGCACUCGCACAAUCCUGAUGCGGACGAGAUGUCUUAG